AUAACUGAAUAUAAGUGGCUUGAAAAACACACGCUUUUUGGUGUCAUGUAGUACUUCGUGUCUCUGCAGACAUAUCUCAUAACCUCCUUAAUCAUAUUACUCAUAUGCGUUAAGUUGUGAAUGUCGCUGUCGUGUAAACAAAUUAUAGACACCAACUCUAACAGAGAUUUGCCAAAUCAUUUGGUUAAAAGUCUGAAAGUCAUUCUCAGGCACAAAUACAGACAUUCAAAAACACCCCCAAACGCACAGUGGCACUGUUUUAUAAAUGGUAAUUAAUUCAUAAUUGAUUAAAGACGUCGGACUUCACCGAAUAAAUAUCUGUCUCACAUCUCUGAUAAAAGCAGUGAGAUUAAUUUAAACUCUAUGCCGCCUCUGCUGUAGCUCAGUUGCAUUUAUUGGAGCAGUGCACAUCAUUCAGUAUCCACUUGCAGCGCGCCAUGAUCCCGCAAUUUGGUAAGAAAAAACGGACUAUAACAUAACGACACCGAGAUCAUCCAUAUUAGAAGAGUCUUUAAUGAACUCAGACCGUAAAGGACACUCCUCCUGCUCCCGGCUCCGACCGCUCUUCUCCCGCACCCAGUCGAUGCGCGGGAGGAAAUUCAGUGCCCCAUCUUUAUCAGUAUCAGGAUCGCCUUGAAGACAAAGAGAGCGCCGCAAAUGAAGAUGAGUCCUUGUCGCAGGUGAAGCCAAUCUUAAAGUCACUAUUUCUGCAACCGUGCCCGCCUGGAGGAAGAAAGGCACCGGUCCUUGGAGACACUUCGGGGAUGCGCAAAGAUGUGAGAGUAAAAAGCCAGGGGCAUUGUGAUUGGCCAUACUCUUUCUAAAAGCAUCAGUCACUGCGAAUUCAGGGUUGCUCCAACCAGAACAUCAACGAGGUGACACCAAACUUGAAGGCGACGUGUUUUCAGUCUGCACGGUGCACGCGUUCGCAGCGUUAACGAUAAACUUGCAUCAUUUGCCCAAAAGAGGCGGGCGCGCUUUCCGUGGUGCUGAAACAGAAAGACUUGGCUGAUCAACUAGUGCAGCCCAGCGAAGAAGAGGAGGACGCUCUCACUUCGCCACCUGCCUCUGUUCCGAGCGUCGUGAUAUUUGAUAGUUUUGGUAAGAACUUAUUACAUUAGUGUCUGACUGUGCUGCAUCAUGCUGUGGGUGAAGUGGAAGAUCGUGGUGGACUCCCUGCGUGGACGGAGGAGGAGGAUGCCCUGUUCCCUCUGGUUCCUCCUGCUGUUCGCUGCUGGGGGUCUGGUUCUUUUCAUCCACCAGCGGGAUCUGUCUGAGAUGGUCCAGCAGCAAGGCCCAGGCGUGAAGCUUGGAAGCACUCCACGGCAGUCCAGGGAGACUCUUUCUACGCAGGACAGAGAGAGAGGCAAAUCCGACAGUUAUCAGGACCAUCGAGCAGCUGAAGGCAUCCUGUCCAGCCCGAUCCCUCCAAUGCAGUUCCCACACUUUGAGGAGAGUAGACUGACAGCCACCUCUGGGUCUCGGGAGCAGGACAUAGGCUCCCUUCAUGUCUCCAAAAGACAGCGCAAACUGCUGAAAACGAGUCCCCCAAUCAAUCACACCAACAAUGUUUCCUCAUCCUCUUCUUCUCCUUCUUCCUCAUCUUCAAUCUCCUCCUCCUCCUCCUCUUCAUCAGGCUCUUUUUCCCCCAAUAUCCUGGAAGCUCGCCGGCGGCUGAUGAAGGAAAUCUGUGCAAAGUACAAAAGCAGCAUCUCCAAGACCAUCACACGCCAUCAUGUGAAGCACCUCUAUGUGGAGGACAAGUACAAGUUGUUGUACUGCCAGGUGCCCAAGGCAGGCUGUUCCAACUGGAAGAGGACCCUGAUGGUGCUGGCGGGCCAGGCGCCCAAUGCCCAGAGCAUUAAACAUGACACAGUCCACUAUGGCCACCAUCUCAAGACGCUUGACAGCUUUGACCGUCAGGGAAUUAUGCAUCGUCUGGAGACCUACACCAAAAUCAUUUUUGUGCGAGAGCCCCUGGAGAGAAUGGUGUCGGCAUACAGGGACAAGUUUGAAAAUCCCAAUAACUACUACCACUCCCUGUUUGGGAAACCCAUCAUUUCCAAGUACAGGGCAAACCCCUCCUGGGCAGCCCUGAAGACAGGCAGUGGGGUCACAUUCAAGGAGUUCGUCCAGUACCUGCUGGAUGUCCACCGACCCGUUGGAAUGGACAUCCACUGGGAGCAGGUGAACCAGCUCUGCAACCCUUGUCUCAUCGACUUUGACUUCAUCGGCAAGUUUGAGAACAUGGAGGAAGAGUCCAAUUUUGUGUUGCGAUUGACUGGAGCACCCCCUAACAUCACACUGCCUGAUUUUAAAGAUAGGAACCCAACCGACACGAGGACCUCUAUGCAGAUCACACAAAAAUACUUUUCACAGGUCAGCACGCUGGAGAGACAGCGAGUCUAUGACUUCUACUACAUGGACUAUCUGAUGUUUAACUACUCCAAGCCUUUUAAAGAUUUAUAUUGAUUGACUCCUAUCGAGAUAUUUCAUUCACAAUCACAUUCCACUACACCUGAAUCUCGACCAUGAUAUAAAUCUUAACAUAAAAAGGCUCACUCAUACUUACAAGGAUCUUUGCAUCUAAGCAGAGAGAUCAGAGACCAAAUUUCCUCUGAAUUUCGCUAAAGCUGCUUUUUAUGAAUACAUUUCUACCAGAUCUUACUUUUUAGACAACUCUAAGAUUUAAAGUAUCAUGUGGUGUCAUAUUAAAUACUCGAAAUAGAUCUGAAAUGCAAGCUAUUUAUUCACUAGUGGCACAUGGUGAGGCAGAAUAUUAAAAUUAUAAAUGUUAUGCUUCUAAAAAAAGUUUGUUAUUGUUCAGCAGGCUUUAAAUUAUGCCUUACUGUGAGUCAAAUAGCACAUGUAAAUGCACUUUCAGUAUAUAGUCCAGUAUGUUAGUUAGUUAGUUGUUUGUUAUGUGAGUCCCUACCACCUACCUUUAGAAUAAUCAUACCAAAACAAUUAUUUUUCUUCAGUCUGUAUUUGACCUGUGAUAAAGAUCAAGUAAUGAUCACCACCAUGUAAUGCAUUUCUUCAAAUGAACUAUAUUUGCUUUUUUAUUUGAAAUAUUUACAUUUACUAUUUGACUUACAGCCGGUUAGGCAUCAGUAUACCUCUAUGUAUCAAUGCAUACUAAUACAAAUAUUUAAUGUAAAUGGUUUUACUAAACAUAAAGAAAAUGAAACACUAUAAAUAGUAUAAAUCUUUAAAAUGUGUCAAGUGCUACCCACUCAGAAGCUGUGUGCACUUAUUGUAGCAUUUUUGUACCUCUAACUUUGUCGGGUAGGUUUGUGCUAUAGUCUAACACACACGUGCUGUUGGUCUCCCAUCACCAGAGGUAUUUACUUGGAUGGCUGUUAAAUGCAGGACAUCUAGGUACUUGCAGGGUACAAAGUGUUGCUGCCAAUAUCUCUUAAUAUCUGUUAGUGUUACAGUCAGUGUUGGCAACCAAACUGACAAAAGUCAACAAUGCAAAAAAAAUCAGGCAAAAAGCCACACAAAACAGAUGUUUUAAACAUGAGUUUGUGACAGUCCUAAAAAGUAUUAUUAAAAAAAAGGAAAGAGUGUGCCCAAACUUCUCCAUCUACCACACUAAACACCCCAUGACCAGCUGUCACCUACAAAUCUCACACUGUCAGCAACUCUGUACCCUCUGUAUGUAUCACAUCUACUCUACACCAUCUUAUAGGCUUUUUACUGACACUACUGUGUAGAACUGUAUAAUGGGCAUUCAGAUUACUAUAUAUUUUUCUAUGUAUUUCUAAAAUAUAUAUAUUCAGUGCUUCUUGGUGAAAGUAUGUUUAUUUCCUUUUUGAUGUCAUUGAUUGUUCUUUUAGUGAUACCAGUGUAGAGUAUUGUGUAACAUAAGAGUUUCUUUCCAAAACAAGAUAUCCACCAGCUGAUUCCAACUCUCCUGUAACUAAAUGCUAUAAAAUCAGCACUACCGUUUAAAGUGAAGGACAUAACUUUGUUUGAUUGAUGAACUGACACCAGGGGGUGCGACUUUUUAUUUAAUGAUAAUGGAUAUAUAAAAGUUUGGAAAUUAGCUCUUUAGUUACUUACCCCUAAUCUGUUUGGUCUCUCAAUAGGACAACAGCCCCUGUACAGAUGAGCUGCAUUCCACCUAGUUACCAUCCUCACUAAUGGCAUUUUUACCCCCCAGCCACUCCACUGUUUGUGUGUGUGUGUGUGUGUGUGUGUGUGAGAGAGAGAGAGAGAGAGAGAGAGUACAAAGAUCUGUCUAAAUGUUGUGCAAUCUUUUGUCCUGCAACUUUUAAAAAGGAUAUAUACACACGCAGUGCUAGACUGCUAUAUUCACCAACAACCAGCUGGCAUUAAAUGCUUCAUCCAAGUCAGAUUACAUGACAGACAGCUGCAAGCUCUGAGGCCCUGAGCAUACCAACUUUUAUAAAUUAGGAUCUGUUAAAACCCUUUGUGAGAUUACACAUUUCUAAGAUACUGUGAUAUUCAAUAUGAGGCGACAAGAAACAGAAGCAUUCGUCAGAUUAUCAUGUACUGUAAAUCCUCCAGAUUAUAUUGACUGAAUGGAAACCUCAGCCUCGUUUUCUCCCAGGUAAAGUUCAGUUUAAAUCUUCUUGGUUCACAAUUUAACUGUGCAAUGAAGAACGACCAUGAGACCAAAAUAAUCAGUGCUAGUGGUGUGCGAGUUAAAUUUACAAAGACGUAUCUUGAAUAAACAUGAUAUAAAGUAAAUGUUUAAUCAAGAUAACAAAUCUGGUGACAACCAAAGUUGGAGGAAGUAUAUUUUUUAGACGGACAAGAUGCAAAGAUGAGCUUGAGCCAUUGUGAUGCUGGGAUCAACCUAUAGCUGGUCUCUUAGAAAGUAGCAAUCAGUAUUCAGCUAUUCAGCUAUAUGCUUUGCAACCCACUGAAAAUGUGUUUUAUGUCCCAAAAUAGUUCAUAAUAAGUGAUAUUUGCCUAUGAGUAAAGAGAAAUUCAUAUUAUUUAAAUCUAUACGCACUAUAAUCAGCUUUUGGAGACCUUCAACAAUUUUUGGUGGUAUUACUCUUUUGCGAUGAUGGUAAUUGUUUGAACCUUUGUCAGUAUAGUGUGUUGGCUUUUGCAAUUCCAAAAUUUAAUCUUUGUUUAGGUUUUGGUCAGAUUUUAUGUAGGUAAAGCCAAUCUCUGACCAAAACAGCUACUGCAUUAUGAAGAGUAUUAAUUGUGCAAAUACUCAAUCAGUCCCUUCCCCCACGCUGAUAAAGUUUUCUUGGUAUGUGGGUGUAUGGACAGAUUUAUCAAAAGCGUAAUUACAGUAACAAGUGAAUGUAUAACUGUUUAUUGUUGGUGCAAACGUGUAUAAAAUAUGAUCUUAAGCCCUUUGCCUUAUUUUACACUGCCAAUUAAAUGGUGUAUUUCAGGAAGACAUUCUUCAGGUGGUUAUUAUUUCUGACUGACGAGUGUCUACUAAUAAACUGUCUUUAGCAUUUUCAAUGUAUGCUCUUUUUAUUCUUCCAGUUG